ACGAGCCACGACUGUAGCUAAGCAACAACGACGGCGAUUGGGCAACGGGACGCGACUGCGCGGUGUGGAAUCUCGGCAGCGUGGCUCGGGGGCUUGCCAGAUGCGGCUGCAUGGCGUAGGGACUCGGUCACUCGACGGUGCAGCGCAGGUGAGCGUGGCCGACAACGAAGGGGAGAGAUGCAGUUCAUCUGGUUGUGAGAGAUGCUGGAGUUCAUUUGAACAAGUCCACACAAAGAGACACAACAAGCUCCUUCAUGACAGAAUGAAGGAUCUUGUGUUUGUCAAAUUCAACUCAAGACUAAAGCAAAAGAAAGAUGACAUGGAUAAAGAUCCCAUUGAGAAACGUGUCCAUUAUGUUGUUUUAGAAGAUGAAGAUAACAAGUGGAUCACUGGCAUUGAGCCAACAAAAGGAGAUGAAGAGCAAGAAGAAGAAACUGAAACAUCAUCACAAGGAGUUGCAGCUGCAUCUCAAAGAGAAAUAGAAGAGAGAACUAAAAGAGUUAACUGGCAGAAAUUAAGAAGCAGGAAGAGAAAUAGGUUGAUCCCUAGUUUCCCUACAUUUGAGGAAGAGGAGUCAUCUCCAUCUUCUGAUGAAGAAGAUGAAAAUGAUAUUGAUAUGCUAUCUCGUUCUGAUUCUGAGGCUGAACCAUAGAAGUCAUUGCUCUAAUGCUCUUGGAUUGUGAACCUAUGGUUGUUUGGUGUUUGCUUAUGUACUUGAUCUUGAUGCCUUCACGGCUGAAUUAUGAACUUAAUUAUG